AUGAAUUUUCAUCGGACACAGACAGUGACGAUGAUACACAGCAGACAGAGUCAUCAAUGGAGCCUGACAGCCAACAAACAGAAGCAACUGAUGAUGACUUCUGGUCUUACGAUCUCCACCCAGUGGACAUAGCACCAUUUACUGAACAAGUAGGCCCAGAUCAUACUUUACUGCCUGACGAUGACUUGAUGAAGUAUUUUUAUCUUAUGAUAAACGAAGAUUUCUUUGAAACCGCGGCUCAGGAGACGAACAGAUAUGCAGAACAGGAAAUGACUCGCAAAGGUUCCCGCGAUUCGAUUUGGUACCCCACAACUAGCCUAGAAAUGAAAGCUUUCUUUGGACUGAAUAUCAUCAUGGGAAUAAAUCAGUUACCUCGCAUCGAUAUGUACUGGUCGGAAAACCCAUUUGUUGGAAAUGAAGGCUUCAAGAAAUGCAUGACAAGAACAAGGUUUGAAAAAUUGCUGCAGUAUCUGCACAUAAAUGACAACCGGGCUCAAGCACCUGCUGGAUCACCCAAUUAUGACAGACUUCAUAAAAUCAGACCACUUAUCGACAUGACAAGAGGAAAUUUCCAGAAGUUUUACAAACCAGGGAAGUGUCAGAGUAUAGAUGAAGGAAUGAUAAGGUACAAGGGACAUCAUUAUGCACAGCAGUACACGCCAGGAAAACCAAUAAAGCGCGGUCUAAAGAUAUGGAUGAGAUGUGAACCAAGUGGCUACACCAAUGAUUACAGAGUGUAUCUUGGUAAACAUGAUUCAAUGUGUGGCCCAUCACUAGGGGAACGAGUCGUCAAACAUUUAUGCAAGCCAUUGAAGUGGAAAGGUCAUCAUGUGUUCUUCGAUAGGUAAAUUAAUUAUUGUCAGAAUGUCUGUCUGUUUAUAUGCAAGUGAAAUGACUUUUUAUGAACAAAG